AAGGACGUAGUCGAGUUGAAAGCGCGGAAGUGUGAGCACGGUCUGCCUUGUUGUGUCGGGAGUCAGUGGUUCGCCGUUCUCACAGCCAGCUGUUCUUCGCAGGCCAAUGGAGUGAUUUUAGCCUUUUAAAACGUGGAUGAACUACCCACUCGGCCUAUGCGCGUGCCGGUGGAGCGAGCGUGGUGGAUGAGGUGGAAGCCCUGAGUGUGGAAGACGGUCGCUAAGGGGCAGUUUCGUGGGCACCGAAGAUGGGCAACUCCGGCAGCAGCAGCAAAAUUAAGGUCCAGCCCCAGAAGCGCGGCGUCCCUUCAAGCAAGGAGGAACUCGAGGAAUGGAUGGCCGCCGAAAAUUUUUCCCGCCUUCCCGCACCACGUGGACAAGAGGCUUUCUUUAAGUUUCUACGAGGCGGCUCAUAUGAUGAGCGUGUUGAUAUCAUUGAUGUCCCAGUGACAGCCUAUGGUAUGGACAAUGCAGCUCGAGGCUACCAGUUCUGGCUCAAGACAGAGGGUGUUAACCUGAAGAGUCUGUUCGAAACUUAUAUCGUCGAGGAGGACACCAAGCUAGAUGAAGCCACCGAACCUUAUGGCGAAUUGGAGAAGAAGAAGGAGAAAGCAGGCGAGGUGGACGACUAUGUCAAAGUCUUGAAGGCGAAGAUCAAAGUCCCAUUAGAUGAUAAAUAUAAGUUAUUUAAGGAUUUCUUAGUAGAAGAAGCCAAGAAACUAAAAUAGCACUAACUUAAGUAUUUUAGCUCUUUUUUUGUGUGCGUGCCUAGCUGUUUUGAUAUGAUUUUUGAAAAUGAAUGAUUUUAUUUUUUACUUGCUAUGCUGGCUGUGUUGAUACAAGUAUGAGUGUUAAGUCCAGCAUGUUUAGUGAUUCUCUUGAAAAGGAUGUUCUGAUUUUUUUUAUUAUUUUUUUCCCCCCCCAAGCCUGGCCCAUCAAGUUCUCGGCUUGGAUGUAUGGUUGAAGUAAUACAAACAAAAUAGUUUAAGGGUAAACAUAGGAGAUAUAUUACUGUUGUGGAGGCAGUGUAAUGUCACCUUGAAGAAGAAUGAUACAUUCCUAUCAUGUCAAUUAAUGUGAGUGUUUGUCUCUCACAUAACGUACAGUGAGCCAUUCCUUACACAUUCCUAAGGACUCCAUGUUGUCUUUUAGCAAUUUUAUUUUAUCAAAUAUUGUACUUAGCAUUUUAAGAAUGGAUAUUUGUCACAAAAUUUAUUCCAUUGGGAAGCUUGUAUUGUAAUGCAGACUUAUGUACCAAAUUUAAAUACUGAAAGAGGUAUUGUCUUCAAUGUUGCAAAAUAUAAUAACUUUUAAAACUGUUCUUGUACAUGAGAUGUAAUUACCAGAUAUUGAUAUACAAUGAAAUGAUAUUUAUGCCUGCCUCCAAAAAGUAAAAAUCCUUUUUGUUAUACUUGUCACAUAUUGUGACACAUUCAGAUUAAUUAAAUUUGAGAAUAUCUGGUACAUGUUCCACAAAGAUUUUGGGAUGAUUUAUUUUGUUUUAAAAGUGCUGUAGAUAAAAGUGGUGCAAAUUUGUUUUGUAUUAGUUUGUUGUCUCAAAUAUUUUCAAAAGUUAACACUUCAUUUAAUAGAUUUAUACUUUUAUUGAUUUUAUGUAAGGUCACAUUUGAAAAAUCAUUAUUCUGUAUUUAUAGGAAUUUUUGGAGAAAUUUUACUAUAAAAACUCAUGGCAAUAGUUUAAAUAUUGUGCAUGUAGUUGUUAUUUUUUACAUUUAGCUGUACUGUACAUCAUACAAAGAUAUGUAGUUUUUUUGGAGCAUUUUAUUUGUAACUGUGCAAUUUCAUUUAUCAUGGAUAUCAUUGAUUUUGGGAAAUGUCGUGAUAGACAGUACCAUUUUUAUAGACAGUGGAACACAGAUUAAGUGCAAUUGAAAGUACCGUAAGUAGAAAGUAUAAGUGGAAAAUAUUGUUGCCAGCUAAAAUGGCUUGACCAUAUAAUAAUAUUUAAGGUCUGUCCUGGUACUUAAGAAAAGAAAAGAUUGUUUUUUUCUUCUUUUUUUUUUCCUUUUCUUUUUGUAUCAUAGUAACUUUGAUUUUGAAGUAUGCUAUAUUUUUUGUACAUGGUUUUAUCUUUCUUGAUUUUUAUGAAUAUUAUUGUUAUGUUAUUUUAUUCUUGUAUUUUUUACUUGUUGCAGAUUUAAGGUUUCAGUAUUUUGUUGAUUGUUAUGCCAGCAUUAUUAUUUAUGAAGAAAAUAUAUGGUGCUAAUGUAGAUAACAAAGUAAUGCUUUCUUUUGUACUUUAUGAGCUGUUUCUGAAUAGACCACCGUGAUAUUUUU